AGCGCGCCGGGCGGGCGGGCGUUGCCAUGGAGGCGGCGGACGAGUGGCUGUUGCUGUCGCUGCGACUGUACCGCGACCUGCACACCUUCGAACUCCAGGCACCCACCCGCCUCAUCGAAUGGGCCCGCGGGAACCAUGUCUGUGUGGCCGGGUAUGGACAGUCUGAUGGGAACGAGAUCUUGCAGCUGAUCCCACCACCAACGCUGCUGACAAAGGAGACCCAGGGCCUGUGUCCAGAGAGAGAUUUCAAGGUAGAAUGUGGUGGAUUUUCAGAGCGCCCAGUGUACAGCCUGAAAUAUGUGCCGGACACCAGCUUGCUGGUAACAAGUGGCCCACCCAACAGCUCCCUCCAGGUCUGGCAGGUAUCAGCAGAGGACUCUGAUCUUAUUAAAUCUGUAAGCACCAUAGCAACAGAAAAUGGCACUGAGCAAUCCUGGGCUAAAAUUGCCACCAUUUCAGCCAGAGCCCCAUGGGUCCUUCAUGGCUCAAGACUUGACAGAGUCCAAAUUACAGAGGUUGAAUCAAGGAAAAAUGUCUACACAGCAGGUAUUCAAGCUUCCAGAGGCAGUGAGGAGCUCAGCAACCUAGCCUUCCUGGACUGCAACACGCUGCUUCUGUGCUGUGCCACAGGCCGGCUGUGCCUGGCUGACAUCCGACAGCCACAGGGUCUCAUGGAGACCAUGUCAGUGCCCUCGGCGCCAUGCAGUGAGCAGUGGUGCAUGGGCACCAGGCCUGGAGCUCAGGGCUUGGAGCCAAGCUCCCAGCCCGUGGCUCGCCUCUCAAGCAGGGGACUCCUAACCCUGACAGACCUCAGGAAAACCUCUGAGUUCUUGGCCUUGGCAAAGGCCAAAGUCCCCUCUUCUGGUUCAGGUGCAGAAUUCCUGUGUGUCUCCUGGGCUCCUGCUCUGGAGGGCUACCUUGCCAUUUCAGGUUUUGAUGGCACCGUGCAUGUGUAUGACACACAGAGCUGGGACAGCUCUGGCAGGGAAGCAGAGCCCAUCUUCGUUCACAAAGGCCACACAUUUGGUGGAGCAGGUGGCAGCAGGGACCCUCCCCUGGUCACUGUGCACACGUGGCAUCUGCAGAAACCCAGAACUUUGUUGUCAGCAGCGAGUGAUGCUUCCUUGCAUGUCUGGGACUGGGUUCAGCCCUGUGGAAAGUGUGGCCUUCAGAUGAGAGCUGUGCCUGUGGUUCUGACUGUGGCUACUGGCAGAGAACAUCCUGCUGUUGUUUGAUCAUAGGCUUGUGUCAUGUCUGCAGAAAGGGAGAGGAGCAAAAAGGAGAGACUUGACAAGGACCUGGAGUGACAGGACAAGGAAUGGCUUCACACUGACAAAGGACAGGGUUAGAUGGGCUAUUGGGAAGAAAUUCUUCCCUGUGAGGGUGGGGAGGUCCUGGCACAGGUUGCUCAGAGAAGCUGCUGCUGCCUCAUUCCUGGAUGUGCCCAAGGCCAAGCUGGAUGGAUCUUUCAGCAACCUGGUCUAGUGGAAGGUGUCCCUGCCCUUGGCAGGGAGUUGGGAAUGGAUGAGCUUUGAGGUCCCUUCCAAAUCAAACCAUUCUCAGAUUUCAUGAAAAAAAAAAACAGGAAUUUGAGGAAACAGGCUCUUUUGUGGGAUGUUUACCCAUUGUAUUCCAGGCCCAGAGCACCAAGGGGAAGCUGCACCCCCCAAGGGGUGUUGACAUUUAUGAAGGCUAUACUUCAAGAGCACCUGGGGAAACCUUACACUGGACAAGCCAUGUGAGCACUUCUGCUUGUCCCAAAACUCCACGUGGCAGCAUGUGAAGCAGGGGCAACAUGUCCUGCCCAAGGCUGGGGAUGUUAAUGUUUUGUCACUUACUAAAGGCAUGGAUCUGUGUCACCACCAAUCAACAAAAGGAAAAGCCUGUUUGAGUCCUAGAGAAGCUGAGCUCUCCUGCAGGAGUGCCUGAGCAUCCUUUCUGCUUCCAGGGGUCCACAGCAAAACCAAUCCAGUUGAGCCAGAGCUGAACUGGGGGAAAUGGGUUCUGAUCAAGAGCCUGGGAGCAUUUCUGCCCCAGUGCAGGCAGCAGGGAGGGCUCCUGGCUCUCUAGUCUCUUCAUCUGCUCUUGAGUCAGUUCCUUCCGGCUGUGGUAGAGCUGAGUGUGCCCUUCCCCUGCACCAAGACCUGCAGGUUUCUGCGUUUAGGAGGUGGCCUUUCUGCCCCAUGACUCGGACCUGUAGCAGCCCUAGGAAGGGCAGUGUGUAUAGUACACAGACAUGAAGGGCUCCCGGAGAGGGAUCUUGGAGCUCAGUGGGUUUUCCUCAAGCACCCCUGGGAGCAGACAAUUAGGCAGAAGUGCACUCAGAUUGUGCAGCUCCUCCUUCCUGGGGGAAACACCCACAGUGGGAGUGUCUCACCUUGGAGAGGUGAGCUCUAAGGCAGAGAGACCACUGGAGCCUUCCCAAUACCCCAGCUACCUCUUCCUGACUGCCCCCUUUGCCAGGACAUGUGGAGGAGCUGACCCCCAUCCCUAUCACAGUGAUGUAGAUAGUGCAGUGAGGACAGGGAACCGAAUUUGCUUGGCUUUCAAAAUGGGGCUUAAGCAAUAGUUCAGUUUGUACCCAUCUGAACUUCCCUUUUUUUUUUCCUAAAAUAACUUAAGCCUUCUUGUCCAGCUUGAACCAGAUUUGACAGAGGACUGGAGAUAUAAAAAUAUUAAGUACUCA